AUGGCUCCGAAGUAAUAAGCGUAGUGUUUGUAUUGUUUGGUGGUCGCGGUCUUUAAUUCCCUUGUUUUAUUUUAAAGAAUUCGUUUUAAACAGGACGGACAUUUUCGAAAACAUUUAGAAAUCGUGAAUUUAAUAAGUGCAAUAACUGUUUUAGUCAUAAAAGUGAAUUUUGUGAUUCUUGUGUCAAUGUACUUUGUGAAAGUUAGAUGACAAAAAGGUAGUGUUUGUCAGCCACUUACUAUCGUAAAACCCACAUCCGUGGAAAGGUUAUAAAAAUCAGAUAUAAUCGGCUCGGAAAGUGAAGAUAACCUCAGGAAUACAAUAGAUAUGACUGCAUUAACACAGAACCCCAACGACAAACCUAGAACAUGUUUGGUUCAAUAAAAGAUGACAAACAUCUGCACUCUCAUGGUGGAGAUCAAUCUCAUAAGGAAGUUGUAUGCAUUUUUUCUAUUAUUUCUAUACCUCAACAACUCGAGCGCGUAUCUUCUCUUGGUUGACGAAGGCUUACAAUCCGGAGAUGUCAUAUUCAACGCGUCCGUCUAUCGUUUGGGAUCGGACAGACUGUACGAAAUCAACUAUAAAAGAUCGGCCCCCUUUGUACAAUCACUUCUUCGAAUUGAUUCGAAAAAUGGUCAAGUAUCGCUUGUGGAACCUCUUCGAUGCAACGGACUGUAUUAUCCCACAUUAUUCACAGUCCACAUAGAUUCAACAUCAAAUAGAAUAAGAGAUAUAGAUUAUUAUAGUUUACCUCUAAGGAUAUUUAUCACUGGCAAAGACUGUACUGACGAUGCUCAAGAAGAUUUCGAUUAUUUAAACGAACUUAGUAAUAGGGAAAGGCGAAGUAGUCGGUCAGACUUUUGGAACCCUUUUGCGCAUGUCCAUCCUUCGAUCAAAGAAAAAGUCAACGAAGCUAAACAAUGGGUGUCGGAAACUUACGCAUCGUUUGCCAUUCCUACUGCCGGCAGGUGGCAGAAAAUAUGCCUGAGACAAUCUCAAUUUAUUAACUCCAUAACCAACUUUCUUCCGCUCACUGUCUUAGAACAUUGUACAGUAGAUUUUCAUUAUGUUAGCGAUGAGAGAUUUAAGAUAGAGCGUAGUCAGGGAGAUUUGGUGGCAAGUAAAGAUGUGUGUAUCGUCGAACCCAUGUGGAAAGUUUCUAUUUUAUUUUCCACCAUAUGUAAAGAUGUUAACUUAUUAAAUUCCGAACACAGAUUGAAGAUUGUUUAUCAUCAUCAACAAUUCAACGAUACCGAUAUAGCUAAAAGAGUGAGACGUGAAUUAAGAAAUCAGUCUCCAUUUUUCGAACAACAUUUAUAUGUGGCAAGUGUAUUAGAAGAAUGCGAACCGCCUGUGGUGGUGACUAGUGUAAAGGCAAGAGACCCCGAGAAUAGUCCUAUAAGCUAUUCAAUGACUAGUUUAUUGGACUCCCGUACCCAAGCUAUGUUUGACAUUGACCAAAAAACGGGAGUUGUUAGCACAAAAGUUCAGCUAGAUCGAGAACUUGUAGAUGUUCACUAUUUCCGAGUAACAGCUUUGGAUGAUAGUUUUCCACCUAGAUCUGGAACUACCAUGCUUCAAAUCAACGUAUUAGAUGCUAACGAUCAUUCUCCGGUAUUUGAAAUGACGGAAUAUGAUGCUAGCGUGCGAGAAAGCGUCAGUGUGGGUACCACUGUAAUAACCCUAAAAGCCACCGAUCAAGAUAUAGGCAAAAAUGCGGAAGUUGAGUAUUUUAUCAAAAAUAUUAAUGGAGGUGGUACCUCAAGCGAAGAGGAAGACAAUCAGGCGUUCAAAAUUGAUCCAAAAACCGGGGUGAUAACAACAAGAAGUUUACUAGACCGGGAAACCACAGAGGUAUAUACCAUACUUGUUGAAGCAUCAGACUUGGCCAGUCCACAAACAUCGAGAAGAUCUUCCACUGCGACAGUAGUUGUAAACAUUCUUGACGACAACGAUAAUUACCCUCAAUUCUCCGAAAGGACAUAUUCGGUGACACUUAACGAAGACAUAAGUUGGGGCGACAAUCCGGUUAUUGCGAAUAUUAAAGCCGUAGAUGCUGAUCAGGGAGUGAAUGCCGUAAUUCGUUAUGCCAUUAUCAGCGGUAACACUCAGUCUCAAUUUGCCAUAGAUAGUUUAACAGGAGACGUUUCGCUAGUGAAGCCCUUAGAUUACGAAACACUAAGAAAUUACCGGUUAGUUAUUAGAGCACAGGACGGCGGUAGCCCGGCAAGAUCUAAUACAACACAACUAUUAGUAAAUGUAAAGGAUGUUAAUGAUAAUGCACCCAGAUUUUAUACAUCUUUGUUUCAAGAAAGUGUUCAAGAAAACGUUCCUCUUGGAUACAGUAUUUUAAAAGUCCAAGCUUACGAUGCUGAUGAAGGUCUUAAUGCAGAAAUCAAAUACGCAAUAUCUCCUAGAGAUUCCACAGGAGGUAGCACAGAAGAUCUACCUUUAUCAGUUGAUUCGCACUCUGGUUGGAUUUAUACGACAAGAGAACUAGACAGAGAGGAACAAUCAAAGUUUAUGUUUCAAAUUAUUGCUUCUGAUCAAGGCGUACCUCCACUUUCGGCCAGCGCCAGUGUAAUUAUAACAGUACAAGACAUUAAUGAUAAUGAUCCAGUGUUUGAACCUAAAAUAUAUGAAUCCGUAGUUGCUGAAGAUGAUCCACCAGGUACUCCUGUAGCAACAGUAACCGCAUCGGAUGCCGACGAAGACAGUAAAUUACACUAUGAAAUUAGCAAUGGAAAUACUCGAGGACGGUUUGCCAUUACUUCUCAAAGUGGCAGAGGAGUCAUUACAGUAGCUCAACCCUUAGAUUAUAAACAAGAAAAAAGAUACGUACUAACCGUUACUGCUUCCGAUUCUGGAGGAAGAACUGAUACUGCAACAGUUUAUGUCAAUAUAACCGAUGCUAAUAACUUUGCUCCCGUUUUUGAAAACGCUCCAUACUCAGCUAGUGUUUAUGAAGAUGCAGUAAUUGGAACUACCGUUUUAGUUGUGAGUGCGACAGAUAAUGAUGUAGGACUUAAUGCACAAAUUACUUAUUCUUUGGGAGAAGACAUAGGCGUUGAUUCGCCUUUUAACAUCAACCCACAAACUGGAGCGAUUAUCACGACAAAACCAUUAGAUAGAGAAACAGUUUCGGGUUAUCUGUUGACCGUCACUGCCAGAGAUGGUGGUAAUCCUCCGAUGUCGGACACAACUGACGUUGAAAUUUCGGUUAUAGACGUUAAUGAUAAUUAUCCUCAAUUUAAACAAGCUGCGUAUUCUGGUAGCGUGCCCGAGGAUGCCUUGGUAGGAACAUCUGUUGUCCAAGUUGCUGCUACAGAUGCAGACAUAGGUUUGAAUGGUAGAAUUCGAUAUACUCUAAGCGAGAAAGACCAAGAGGACGGUUCAUUUGUAAUUGACCCAGCCAGUGGAGUAAUUCGUACAAACAAAGGUCUCGAUAGAGAAUCUGUAGCGUAUUACGAGUUAGAAGCUUACGCUAUUGAUCGGGGUUCACCAACGUUAAGUAGCUCGGUUCCAGUAACAAUUAGAAUAGAAGAUAUAAACGAUUCUCCUCCGGCGUUUGAAUCUGAUAAGAUCGUAUUAUACAUUCCUGAAAAUAGUCCGAUCGGAUCUACAGUUGGAGAAAUAUAUGCUAAAGAUCCUGAUGAAGGUGUAAAUGCUAUUGUUCAAUAUUCUAUUAUAGGAGGUGAAGAUUCCCAGAGUUUUUCUUUAAUAACUCGACCAGGGUCAGAUAAAGCAGAACUUCUAACUAUGACCGAAUUAGAUUAUGAAUCCCCGAAGAAGAAAUACGAUAUUGUUGUUCGUGCAGCAAGUCCACCAUUAAGAAGCGAUGCUCAUGUAGAAAUUGUAGUGACAGAUGUGAAUGAUAAUGCACCAGCACUCAAAGAUUUUCAGGUCAUUUUCAAUAACUUCAAAGAUUGUUUUCCCACAGGUCCUAUUGGCAAAAUACCUGCAUUUGAUGCUGAUGUAUCAGAUAAACUUCAUUUCAAGAUUCUUUCCGGAAAUAACGCAAACUUAAUCGCUCUUAAUGAAUCUACUGGUCAGCUUGUAUUAUCGCCACAGCUCAAUACCAAUGUGCCAAAACUAGCAUCUAUGGAAGUAUCAGUAACCGAUGGAGUAAAUGAAGUGAAAGCGUUAAUGCAGUUAAAUGUACGAUUAAUCACAAAGGAAAUACUUUUCAAUUCUAUUACAGUCAGACUAAAUCAGAUGACAAAGGAAGCUUUCUUGUCACCGCUCUUAGGGUUCUUUGUCGACGCCUUGGCCGCAAUAAUUCCUUGCCCUAAAGAAAAUAUAUUUUUAUUUAGUAUUCAGGAUGAUACCGAUGUCAGUUUGAAAAUUCUAAAUGUUAGUUUUUCUGUACGAAGACCUGACACUCCAAAGGAGGAAUUUUACGUCCCUCAGUUCCUCCAAGAACGGGUCUAUUUGAAUAGAGCAGUUUUAGCAAGACUUUCAACGGUCCAGAUUCUUCCUUUUGAUGAUAACUUAUGCGUUCGAGAGCCUUGUUUAAAUUAUGAAGAGUGUUUGACUGUUUUAAAAUUUGGGAACGCCUCUGGAUUUAUUCAUAGCGAUACAGUUUUAUUUAGGCCUAUUUACCCCGUAACAACAUUUACUUGCAAAUGUCCAGUGGGUUUUACUGGGUUUCGCGAACAUUAUUUAUGUGAUACUGAAGUUAACUUAUGUUAUUCUUCGCCGUGCCAAAACAACGGUACUUGCAAAAUUAAAGAAGGCGGAUAUACUUGCGUUUGCCAAGAAGGUUUUACAGGAGAUAAUUGUGAUGUUAAAUUAUCAGAGGAAGAAUGCUUCAAAAAUAAUUGUAAAGUUGAUUUCAAUUGCAAUCCCAAACAAGACAAACAUGGUAACUUUGUUUGUGAAGACUGUGGCUUUCUUUCUGAAGAGGAGCAUUACACGCCAACUUGUCACUUAAAAAGCAGAAGUUUUACUAAAACAGCAUUUCUAACGUUUCCAAGUCUUAAACAAAGACACCGUUUACAUAUCAAGAUGAAAUUUGCCACACAAACACAAAAUGGAUUACUUCUUUACAACGGCAGGUAUAACGAACAGCAUGACUUUAUAGCAUUGGAAAUAGUCAAAGGAAACCUGCAGUUUUCAUUUUCAUUGGGCAGUUCCAAAACGAAAGUUAUCGCGACAAUUCCUGGAGGCGUAUCAGAUGGUAAAUGGCAUUCUGUGGUCGUAAAUUACUACAACAAAACAGCCACUCUUUCUAUCGACGAUUGUGAUACGGCUUUGUCUUUAAAACAUGGCAGAGAAUUAGGAGGAAAAUGGGCAUGUGCUAGUUUUGUUGAGCACACACUGGAGGCUCGAUGUGCUUCAAUAACAGAGACCUGUCAUCGAUUUCUGGACCUUACUGGUCCUCUACAACUCGGAGGUUUGCCUUCAUUUUCCUCCAAAUUUCAAAUUCAAAAUACUCAUUUUGAUGGUUGUAUUUCCGAUUUCGAAAUUGAUUAUAAAUUAGUCGAUUUGAAUGCAUUUGUCACUGAUAAUGGCACGACCGUAGGAUGUCCGGAAAAGAGACCGUUUUGUAACUCGAAUCCUUGCCAAAAUGGUGGAAUUUGUUCUGAAGGUUGGGCAGUAUUCAAAUGUAAAUGUAGAGAAGGGUUUGGUGGUAGAGAUUGUGGCGAGAAAAUAGGCUUACCUUGGCAUUUUUCUGGAGACGGAACUCUCUCUUUUAAUCCUCUUUUAAGACCUAUACAAUUACCAUGGCUAAACGCACUUUCUAUAAGAACUUUACAAGAGGACACUUUUAUUAUGUCUAUUCAAGUGGGACAAAAUAGUUCAGCUGUAAUUUCCCUUCAUAAGGGAUUCAUUACGUAUUUGUAUAACGGAGAAGCUUUAAAUCUCAAUUCUAUGUUCCUCUCUGAUGGCGAAUGGCAUCAUAUCGAAAUAUCAUGGAUCGGAACAGAAAUUAAGUUCUCAAUCGACUAUGGAGAAUUUGAAAAAUUUAUUCCCUUUUCGGAAAAAGUGCAAGGAUUGUUUGUAGGCAAGAUCUUAAUUGGAGGGCCUGAUAAUUCCUACAGCAGUUUAAACGCUGGAUACAAUUACCUUGAAGGUUGCGUACAAGAUGUUCGAAUAGGAAAUCAGCAAACUGCUUUGGUAAGACCUACGGUUAAAGAAAACGUUGAAGAAGGUUGUUACCCUGUAACAGAAUGCCAAGCACAAUGCCCUGAUUCAUCACAGUGUACUAUUAGUUGGGGCAAAUCCCAAUGCGAAUGUAACAGUGGCCAUGUUGGUCCAUUGUGUGUUCCAGUUUGCUCAGUAAAUCCAUGUGAAAAUACAGGCUCCUGUAAAGAAAAUCUUUUAGAUAUCCGAGGAUAUGAAUGUAUGUGUAACUCAACUGAUUAUUCGGGAGAUUACUGUGAAAAUAAACAAGCACAACCAUGCCCAGCCAGUUGGUGGGGUUAUCCAGUAUGCGGACCAUGUCAUUGCAAUGUUGAAGCCGGAUAUAAUCCCGAUUGCGAUAAAAAUACUGGGAAAUGUCAUUGUAAAGAAAACCAUUACCAACCUAAACAUUCUACGGAGUGUCUGCCUUGCGAUUGUUAUUCUAUUGGAUCCUACAGUGGUCAGUGCGAUCACGAAACCGGUAAAUGUCGAUGUAAGGAAGGUGUUAUUGGCCAAAAAUGCGAUUCUUGUCCAAAUUCCUAUGCAGAAAUUACAUUGAAAGGUUGUGAAGUUAUAUAUGAUGGUUGUCCAAGAUCUGCGGCGAAUAACAUUUGGUGGCCCAGAACACUAUUUGGCCAAGAAGCAGUGGAAGCAUGUCCAAAGGAUGCUCAUGGAAGGGCGUCCAGAAAGUGUGACAACGAUCUUGGUGGAUGGCAGGAACCUGAUAUGUUCAACUGUACUUCUGAAAAAUUUGUCGAAUUGAGAGAACAGUUGUCUAAAAUAGUAUCUGGUGAACUUACUCUAAAUACAUUCGUCGCUAUCAAGCUAGCUCACGAUUUGAAUAAGGCCACCAACGAAACAAAACAUUUAUAUGGAGCUGACGUCCUUGUAACAUAUGACUUGGUAAAAGAGUUGUUAAAAUACGAAUCUAGAGUUCAUGGCUUAAAUUUGACACAUAGUCAAGAUAAGGAUUACAUUACUAAUAUUGUUAACUCUUUAAAUGUAGUACUAGUUGAAAAAUAUAACAAUUAUUGGAAGAGAAUAAAAGAACUAACAGGAGAUAAUGUAGAAAAUAUAAUCAGCUCAAUGGAAAAAUAUAUUGGAAUUUUAUUGGAGAGCCAGCACGAUACUUAUACCAGUCCAUUCGAAAUUGUUACCCCAAAUAUGGUACUAGGCUUAGAUAUUGUAACUCCGGAGUCACUCUAUGGUUAUGAACCAGAAUUAACUAUUCCAGUCUCUCCUGGAAUGCAGUCUUAUACAACUGAAAGCGUAGUUCUGCCCGAUACAUCUCAAUUUCUACAAGAAAGCAAAGUUCAAAUUCAAGGACCUCUAGUAGGUUUUCCAAAGUACAACAACUACCUCUUAGAUAAAACCAAAUUCGACCAAAACACCAAGGUGUUCAUACCAAUGACUUUGCUUGGAAUCAAACCGUUAGAACAAGGGGAAAUAAUUACCAAACACAGUCUACCAGGAGAUGGUGCGAUUGUUAGUUAUAUUCAAUACAAGCAAGCUGGGAGUCUUUUACCUAAACUAUAUGACGAAUCAGUGGUUAGACGAUGGGGUGUUGAUAUUACAAUUGGUUCACCAUUGAUAUCGAUUGGUGUGUUAGUACCCGAGUAUAUUGACGCGAUAGAGUCGUCCACACAAAAUGACGUGAAUUUUGAUAACAUAAAGUUCUCGGAUAUUACUCUGCCCGAUGAAAAAUGGACCAAAAAGGUAUUUCCGGACCCGGAAGUCAAAAUACACGAAAAUGAUGCUCAUUAUUUGCGUGCGAGGAUACGUCGGGAUAGAGAUGUGAGAAGAAAACUUUUGUAUAGGAAUUUAUCAGGAGUUCCAUUGAAGGUGCCAGUGAGACUGCAGAUUUGGUUAAGUUCCAACAAUACAAUUUUUAAUGAAAGAUCUAAUCCACAAUGCGUUCAUUGGUCAACAACCCGAGGCUUUGGAGAAUGGUCAAGAGUUGGUUGCCGCACGGAAUUGGAUGAAAAUUGGUUUGAUACUAUAAACGAAAAUUCUAUAGUAAUAAAUUGUAGUUGCAAUCAUUUAACAACUUUUGCCGUCUUAGUAGACGUUGUCGAUUUAGAGUACAUUCCGGAGCCGUCAUUACUGGAAGACAUUUCAAGUUAUAGCUGUUUUUCAAUAUCCUUGCCCCUCUUACUGGGAACUUAUUUAAUACUGGCUCUGAUCAGGGGCUUGCAGACGAACUCGAACACUAUAAGAAAAAACUUAGUUCUUUGCGUUUUUCUCGCCGAAUUGUUGUAUUUUGUCGUUUUGAAAGCAAGAAAAGCUAUGGUAUCAAUCGAGUUUUCAUGCAAAUUAGUUGCUAUCGGUUUACAUUAUUUAUGGCUUGCCUCGUUCUCGUGGAUGUUGGUAGAUGCAGUGCAUUUGUAUAGGAUGCUGACAGAAAUGAGAGACAUUAACCAUGGACCAAUGAAGUUUUAUUACAGUAUUGGUUAUGUGGGACCUGCAAUAGUCGUGGCUCUGUCCGUAGGCGUCAGAGCACAUCAGUAUGGAAAUUAUUACUUCUGUUGGGUAUCUCUCUAUGAAAGUGUUAUAUGGAGUUUAGUUGGUCCAAUCUGCCUACUCACUUUUAUCAACUUGGUUAUCUUAGUGUUAUCGAUUCGAGCAGCUUUUACGCUACAAGACCACGUUCUCGGUUUUGGAAAUCUGAGAACCCUGCUAUGGGUUUCAGUUAUAGCGUUGCCUUUGCUAGGUGCAACCUGGGUGUUGGCAUUGUUAGGAGCAUCUGAACGUCAUCCAUUACUUAUGCCUGCUCUAUCCUUUGCUGUCCUGAUACACGCAGCUUUUUCGUUGGCGGGAUAUUGUUUCGCCAAUAAUAGAGUGCGUCAGAAUCUUUUAAGAACGUUUAUGCGCUGUAUGGGCAAGAAAGUGCCGUUAUUAGAUACUCAGUCUGUUGUUGGAGUGCCAAGUACCAGUAGCCAAAAUAUAACAACUCAUUCUCGUUCUGCUUUGGCGUACCACUCAAGUUUGGACCCAAACAGACGAAACAUAGGAAUAUCUACUUCUAGUACUACAUCCAGAUCAACGACAAAAACAGGUUCUAGUCCAUAUCGAAGUGACACUCACCUACGCCAUACUUCAACGUCGACAUCAAACUACAAUUCGAAUAGCGAUGUGCCUUCUUAUCUCAGAGGGUUUGAACAGGAAGAAAGAAGACCACGCCGAAGAGACAUCAGCGGUGAUGGAGAAUACAGAGAAGGUAGAGAACGAGGAGAAAGUGAUUCUGAUAGUGAUGGAUCUGAAGGUAGGAGCCUGGAUCUGGCUUCAAGUCAUUCCAGCGAUGACGAUGAAUCAAGUGCGCGAAGACAUCACGGAAGAAGUCACGUUUCAAGGCAAGGAUAUUUACCGAAUAUUACGGAACAUGUAGUCUCACGUUGUGGCACACCGCCAUCUCUGAACGUUGUAACUAACUCACAGUUGUUUCCGGCCGUACAACCGAGUUACGGAUCUAGAUGGUCCAGUCAACUUCCCGAGGCAUAUCUUCCUAACACAAAUGUAACAGAAGUCGGCCGCUGGUCGGCCGAAACAGGAUCAGACAACGAAUUUCUACACAAAAAUUCCCCGAACCCAUUGCCCAAUCCAGACGUUACUCCGGAAACCUGUUUAAGAACGAUAGAAUCUGAACAGUACAUUGUGCAAUCCCACUACAAUAACCAGUACAACACCAACGUCCCUUUCAAAGGAGAUUAUGUGCCUAAGAUGAUACCUCAUGAGAAUGUAAACUAUCAGGAAUACGACAGGUGUUCAGAUUUAGAUGAAAAACAUCACAUGAAUGAUAAAUACUUGUUUCCAUAUACAGAUAAUAUAAUGGAAGCCGAAGAAGACCACAUGCAAGUUCAUACCAAUUACAUGCCACAUAAUAUCUCGUCAUCUCAACCGGGCAGCCGGAUAAUGUCGCCAGUCACCAACGAUAUCAACAAUCUGGACUACCAUGGAUCGACUGUAGGAUCCAGAAUGGGGUCUAGAAUAGGUUCAGUCUUAGGGUCUGUUCAUGGAUCAGUUUGUGGAAGCAUGCGAGGUUCACCGUCGCCACUUAUGGCACCUGUUUCAAUGAUUCAUUCUGGAAUGCCUCCUGAACCGUCUUCAUGGUGUUGGGAAUAUACUGUUAACAAAUAACAAUAUUUGGUAAAGGAUAAAAGAAAAGGAUGAAGAGACAUCAGUUUAAAAUAGUUGUAUUUUUCUACCCAAUCUGCUAUUAAAAUUAGCUUUGCAAAGGAGAGAGAAACGUCUAGAUUGAACAAAUUAUCAUUGUAUUUUAAAAUAUUUCAAAAUCAUUUUGUACAUUGAAAGAAAUAUGAGUUUUUAUUAGUAGCGAAUGUCAUUGUCAUUAAAAGAAAUCUAAUUUUAAUAGCAAACCUGUUCAUGUACAAUGUAGCUUCAAUCAUAAUAUAUGCAAAAAAGGCUUAAAAACAUUAGUUUUAAGUAAUUUUAAAAACACUCAACAAAUAAGGUAAUAUUUCUUAUAGAUAAUAGAUAUCUUGUAAAUAGGUUAGUGAAAUACUUGAAUACUCGAAAACAACCACUUAUUUUUGACAGGAUUUUAUCUAACGUUUGAGAAUAAUAUUUUUGCUAAGACUAUGUACUUUCCAAAUUUCAAAGAUUACACUAUUUCAGGUAGUUAUUGUAAAAGACACCCUUUGCACAACAUAACAUAGUGAAUAUUGAUACUAAUCAGUAUUCAGAAGUAAUAAAAUAGUGAUCUCUCAAUAAAAUUACCUCUUGUAAUUGUUAGACCCAUAAAUAAAUUAAAUUACAAAAUACUUCAUUCAAAUUUCAGAAAUUCAUAUUUGAUAUUCUCAAAAUAUUUACCGACUUGUACAUAAGUGUCAUUGGAAUAUGCCAUUAUACCUAUAUGAUAUUAGAUAAGGAAAUAAGUACACUGUGUUUAGGAUCUAAGAUUAAUAUACAGGGUUGUUCACCACAUACGACACGGAGUAUUGUAGCUAAACGAUUAG